UACAUACUAGACGCCUUGCCGACUUUGACGAAUGUCUUCUUUGCGUGCUUGACUUUGACUUCAAUAGGCACAGCACCGCGCAAACAAUGGUCAAAUCACCAUUAGAAUUCAGUGUAGAGAAGGCCCGUAUCGAGGAUACGAUAUUGGUGGCUAUCAACACCGCCCUACCAGCACCUGAAGCAGCUCGCAAGGCCUUGGCGGGAGCGUUUCCGGCGGCAUCCUUCAACUUCAAGGAGGAUGGCUCGCUCAGCUUGCAGGGCCUGGACGCGAGCAUGCGCCAGGGCCUCGAGGAUGCUCUGUUUGAGCUAAAUAUGUCACUGGCCAACCAGGCAGUGGCCCAGGGCAUGCCGCUGAUGCAGUACCUGCACCCCGACGCCACGCACGACGGCAUCCGGACACUACCCAGGUUUCUGCAGGUGUGCCUGGAGCUGGCGCGGCCGCUGCUGUCGGAGCCGCUGCGGGAGUCGGAGCGCGCGGGGCCGGGCCGGCGGCGGCUGCUGGACUACGAGGGCUGGGCCCGGCUGUUUGAGGCCCUGAUGGAGGUGGGCACCAUCGCCGACUGCACCGAGCUCUUCUGCCUUAUGGAGGGCAGCAGCAGCAGCGGUGCAGCCGCCGCGGCAGCUGCCGGCGCCAACGCCCCUGCCUCUUCCAAGGCAGCCGCGGCAGCGGCUGCCAAGCGGGCUACUGGCGCGGGUGCGGGUGCGGGUGCUGCCGGCGGCGGGCUGGGCUGGGCGGGUGUGUUCUGCAGCGAGGACUUCCGGCGGGAGCAGGGCGCCAAGCUGGCACUGCUGCGCAUGAGCAACAUGCUGUUCAGGCGCCUGUCCAAGGCCUACGACGUGCGGCUGUGCGGGCGGCUGCUCAUAUUCAUCAGCCGCUGCUACGAGCUCAACGACAAGAGCGGGCUGAACGUGCUGGGCGCGCUCAACAGCGGCCUAGCCCUCCCCGUGGACGAGGUGGCCGCGGGCGCCACGGACUCCAUCGGCGAGCUGGUGGACCGGCGGCUGUACGGCGGCUUCUGGGGGCUGCAGGCCGUGUUCCAGGCUCCCAACCAGGUCCUGACUCCGGCUGUGUACGGCAAGGUCCUGGCGGACAUGGGCGCCGUACUGGACGAGCUGGCGGGCAUCAAGGGGGCGGUGGCGGCGGCGGGGCCCUGGGCGGCGGCGCGGCAGGCGCGCGCGGCCGCCGGCGACGCGCACACUCACAUGGACGUUGACGGCGAUGGUGGCGGCGGCGGCGGUGAGGAGCGGGAGGACGCGGCAGGCGGCGGCGGCGCGGGUGCCCGCUACCUGACCAGCAGCAAGCUGUUUGGCCUGCAGCUGCGCGACUGCACCUUCAGGCGCAACUUCCUGCUGCAGUGCCUGGCGCUGCUGCAGUACAUCGAGCAGCCCAACAAGGCCGACAAGAGCGGGCUGCCGGGGGGCGGGCGGCCCGAGGGGCUGGAAGCCAUGAGGAGCCGGCUGUACUCGGCGCUGGCUGAGACCAAGGACCACGGCCCCGAGUUCGCGGAGGCGGUGCGGGCGGUGCUGGCCCACGAGGCCCACUGGGUGGCCUGGAAGCACGGCACACAGCCGCCCGGAGGACUGGGCACAGCGGCGGGCGGGGCGCCGCCGGCGGCGGGCGCCGCGGCGGGAGCCUCCAGUGGCGGAGCGGCAGCGGCGGCGGCGGCGGCGGGAGGUGGGGCGCCAGCGGCGGGCGCUGCCGCGGCGGCUGCUGCUGCUGCGAGUGAGCUGUGUCGGGACUUCACGCGGCCGCCGGCGCCGCCCACGCGGGAGAUCGUGUCGUCCUCACACGCACAGGAGGCGGGCGCGGCGGGCGGCGGGCGCCGUCGCAAGGGCGGCCGCGCCGCCGCUGCCGCCGCCGCUGCCGCCGCGGGCGGCCUGGCGGGUCGCUACGCGGUGUCGCGCGGCGUGACGGGCCUGCCCGACCCCAUGGCCGGGCUGCGGGUGGGCGAGCGGCGCACGCGGGCUCGCAACCUGCUGGGCGAGGAGGAGCUGGUGCCGCUGCUGCCCACACCGCAGGAGCUGCUGGCCCCCGUGGUGGAGGACCUGGACCCCGACAACGACGUGGAGCCCCCCUACCGGAGGUGCAGGGAGCAGGUGUUUGCGUGGAAGCGGCUCCGCUGCGUGGCGCGCAACUACCUCGACUUCUACAAGAAGGGUGAUGACCUGGAGGAAAUGGUGCUGGAGCUCAACCCUGACAUGAAGGGCCGCAUCGCCGAGCAGAAGGCAGCGAGGGAGGCAGAGCUGGCGGCGGCGGCCGCGGCGGAGGCCGAGGAGGCGGCGGCGGCUGCAGCAGCGGCGGCGGCGGCGGCGGGAGAUGCUGAGAUGGGCGAGGCGGGGGCGGGUGCGGGCCUGAAGGAGGAGGGCGAGGCGGGGGCGGCGGCGCCAGUGGCGCCGAGCCCGCGUGCCGGUGUCAAGCGGGGCGCCGCGGCGGCUGUUAAGCUUGAGGAAGGGGAGGCGGCGUGAGAGGGCGGUGCAAGCAGGUGUGGCGGGUGCCUGCGCAUUGUGACAUUAGUGGGCGGGUUUGCCUCCAAGUUGAGAGUACCAUAUAUUGCCCCCGGUGCACACCUGCUGCUGCCGCCCAGCAGUAGCAGUAUCAGCAGCCGUGGCACAUCCCUGAAGGCUGGCGGUGCGAGGCGUGGGUAUGUACGGGCAGCUGUCAUCAGUCAUCACCGACAGUGGCAGCCACCCCCCGGGCACGGGUUGGUCCUGGGCUUGUAUUGCCGCAGAGCGUUAACGUGUGAGUGCUGUUGUCUGCGGGUACUCCAAUCCUUCUCUUGGACGAUUGGUAGGCUGUGCUGACUGUGCGUCGGGCCUGGGUCAGAGUUAGAACCACAGCUGUAAGGCGGUGGCGCACGCGGGUACAUUGGAUGUGCUGGGGCGUGCCGUCUCACGUCGUGUCCAUGGGCCCAACGCAGCUGUCGGUAUAACAUUUCGA